CGAUCUCCUUUCGUCCAUCGCCAUAUCCCAGAUAAGCACCAAGUCAAAAAUAUAUCUUUCCCUCAUCCCAAAGCUCAAUAUUUGAGAUGGCUAGGACUAAGCAAACUGCCCGCAAGUCCACCGGCGGCAAGGCACCAAGGAAGCAGCUUGCAACCAAGGCCGCGAGGAAGUCAGCUCCGGCAACUGGCGGCGUGAAGAAGCCCCACCGUUUCCGUCCAGGAACAGUUGCGCUGAGAGAGAUCAGGAAAUAUCAGAAGAGCACAGAGCUUCUUAUCCGUAAGCUCCCUUUCCAGCGCCUGGUUCGUGAGAUUGCUCAAGAUUUCAAGACCGACCUGCGCUUUCAGAGCUCCGCUGUUGCUGCUUUGCAAGAAGCUUCUGAGGCAUAUCUCGUUGGUCUCUUUGAGGAUACUAAUCUUUGUGCCAUUCAUGCGAAGAGGGUUACUAUAAUGCCCAAGGACAUUCAGCUUGCUCGAAGGAUUCGUGGUGAGAGGGCUUGAGUGGGUGAUGGGUUUGUUGUGAAAGUUUAUCUGGCUUGUUAUAUCUUAGUUCUUCGUUAUAUUUCUGCUUGCUUUAUGUAGAAAUUAAAGUAAAAAAGUUCCGCCUUGUUGGAAAUGUCCGCAAUUAGCUGUUUGUAGGCAAAUGGACUUUGAUCUAUCAAUGUGAAUUCGUAUCUAUGACUAAUUUGAUUUUGUUUCUCAA